UCAUGUGUCGACAUAGCAAUUAAUCUGUCUAUAAAUCAGAUCUUACCUCAAAGACCAAAAAACCCUAGUCGUACCAAAAUCUAGGGUUUACCUUGACCGGAUCUAGACACAUAAGCUGUUGAGCUAUGGAAGUGGUUGCUGCUGCUGGGUCAAUGGUGACGCAGAGUCAACAGACAUGGGCUUGCUCUGUCACUGAGUCGCUUCUCAUCCUCGUCGGAAAGAAUCUGGCUUGUCUGCUCCUUGUGGCAGAAUCAUUGCUAAUGGGGUUAAUUGCUGUUGACCAGAGCUUGUCUCUGAAGGAGGGUUACAAAAGAGGAAGCCGUGUUGAGGAAAACAAAGAUGCCAGUGACAGUGACGAUGACGAUGAUGAUGAUGAAGACGCUGAUGAGGAUGACGACGAUGAGGAUGAUGCUAAUGAUGAAGAUUUCUCAGGGGAAGAAGGGGAAGAAGCUGAUCCAGAGGAUGAUCCAGUGGCCAAUGGUGGAGGAGACAGCGAUGAUGAUGAUGACGACGAUGAUGAGGAGGGUGAUAAUGAUGAUGAUGGAGAUGAGGACAAUGAGGAUGAGGAAGAAGACGAGGAUGAGGAAGAUGAUGACGAUGUUCGCCAGCCACCCUCGAAGAAGAGAAAAUGAAUCAUGUGUUAACAAGUGUUUGUGCUUUGGAUGGUUAAGACUUGAAGAGGAUGAUCUUCUGUGUUGGUUUAAGUAGUGUAGGGAUACUUCUUGUCCUCUUAUUGAGAUUUCAUCUUGUGUUGGUUACCAUUUGUUGUCAUGUGUGAUUUUUUUCGAUGUGGAUUUUAGUUAUCUUCUGUGUUUAGAAUGCUUGGUCUCUUCUUCUUUUCUUUGUUUCCACAUCUGCCUACGGUGGUUAGCGGCAUGAAUGCCCACCGUGGUUGGCAGUUUCUUGGUUGCUGUUGA